UCUCUAAGAUACCGUAGACAGCAACCGAACAACAAAACUAUGGCGCUAUCUUGGUUUCAAGAUUUGUCUUUUGUAUCAAAAACUGCUGUUGUUAUUGGAACUAGUGCAUCAAUAAUCGGUGGAACAUACAUCCUUUACAAAAGAUUAUUUCUUAGUGGCACAACAGGACCUGGAGAAAGUACUCGAGAAGAUGUAAGCCCGGUCAUUACACAAUCUGAGAAGAGAGUGUUGGUACUUGGAUUAGAUGGAGCAGGGAAGAGCAGUCUACUCAAAUGUUUGAGUCACCAGGAAGGAGAUGGCAAACUUGAGCCAACAGAGGGCUUCAAUGUUAUGUGUAUUCAAGGAAAGAAUACAACUCUCAAUGUAUGGGAAGUGGGUGGAACCAAGAAUGUGCGGUCAUAUUGGGAAAACUUCUUGCAAGGCACAGAGCUUCUCGUCUUUGUGGUAGAUUCAGCCGAUGAACUCAGGUUUCCUGAAGCCAAAGAAGAGCUUCAUAGACUCCUUAAAGAUGGACGUCUAGAAAAGGUUCCUCUUCUAGUUGUUGCAAACAAACAGGAUCUACCAGGGGCCAAGAAAGGAGGUGACUUUUUGGCGAGUUUAGACCUUGUCCUUCCCCUCAAGAGCAGAGAUGUUCAUCUUCUAGAAGUAAGCUCUUCAGCAGAGAAAAAGAGUGCAAACAUGUCCGAAGUCUUAGAUCUCAUGUCCGUCCUCUCAAAAAAUUAAUAUUCCAAAGGAAUCCUAUUGUAAUUUGAUAGCACAAUGUCUACGCUCCAGUGAACAUUGCUCUGUGACAAUCUUUAAAUCCUUGAAAAGUAUUUAAAUUUGGCCUUUAAGUUAUGUGCACUAGUGGUCACAUUUGUUGUAAAAUUUAUUAAAAUCAUUCUACUUUGGCUCAG